AAAACCCUGAUGCUCUCUCUUCGAAUUCUCAGAAACCAUGGACUCCACCACAAGCUGUUAUCCCCUACAUCGACCCACAUUUCCCACCCCUACACCCUCAGAACCCUCUCUUCCUACACCGAUUCCGACGAACCAUCCUCCUCCGCCUCCACCACCUCCGAUUCCCAAUCAGAAUCACACUCUCUGGUCACCCAAAUCUGUUCCAUGGUCUACAAAUCCUACUCCCCACAAACCCAUUUCAAAUCUUCACCCCCAAUUCUCAAUCUUGACCUAAACCCUGAUUCGUUGACCCACGAACACGCCAUUUCCGUCGUGGCUUCGCUAGCCGGCGAGGCCGGGUCCAUGGUGGCGCUGAGCUUCUUCUACUGGGCUGUUGGUUUCACAAAAUUUCGAUACUUUAUGCGGCUUUACAUCUUUUGUGCAAUGUCGAUUUUCGGCAAUGGUAAUUUGGAGAGGACCCAUGAGGUGGUUCAGUGUAUGGUGAGGAGUUUCGCGGAGAUUGGGAGGUUUAAAGAGGCUGCCGAUAUGGUUUUCGAUAUGCAGAACCAGGGGCUUGUGUUGAGUACUCGGACUUUGAACUGUGUUGUCGGCAUUGCUUGCGAAAUGGGGCUGAUGGAAUAUGCAGAGAACGUGUUCGAUGAAAUGUCUGUGAGAGGUGUGUGUCCGGAUGGCUUGAGUUUCAAGUGUAUGGUUGUUGGGUAUUGUCGAAAGGGUGCGGUUAUGGAGGUGGAUAGGUGGUUGAGUAGGAUGAUUGAGAGGGGUUUUGUUUUGGAUAAUGCUAGUUUUACUUUGAUUGUGAGUGUGUUUUGCGAGAAGGGUUUCGUGAGUAGAGCGUCUUGGUGUUUCGAUAAGAUGAGUAAGAUGGGGGUGAAGCCGAAUUUGGUUAACUUUACGUCUUUGAUUCAUGGGUUGUGCAAGAGGGGGAGUGUUAAGCAAGCGUUUGAGAUGUUGGAGGAGAUGGUGAGGAGGGGUUGGAAGCCGAAUGUGUAUACACAUACGGCGUUGAUUGAUGGGCUGUGCAAGAAAGGGUGGACUGAGAGGGCAUUUAGGCUGUUUCUGAAGCUGGUACGGAGUGAUAAUUACAAACCAAAUGUGCAUACUUAUACUGCGAUGAUCAGUGGAUAUUGCAAGGAAGAGAAAAUGAGUCGUGCCGAGAUGUUGUUGAGCAGAAUGAAGGAACAAGAAUUAGUUCCUAACGCCUAUACGUAUACUACUCUCGUUUAUGGGCAUUGUAAAGCUGGGAAUUUCGAAAAAGCAUAUCAAUUGAUGGAUGUAAUGAGUGAAGAAGGAUUUGCUCCGAAUAUAUGUACAUACAAUGCAGUUAUGGACUGUCUCUGUAAAAAGGAAAGAGUCCAGGAAGCUUAUAAACUAAUUAAGAAGGGUUUUCGCAGAGGAUUGCAGGCUGAUAGAGUCACGUAUACCAUUUUCAUAUCUGAGCAUUGCAAACAGGCUGAUAUUAAGGGAGCCCAAGCUUUUUUCAAUAAGAUGGUCAAAGCGGGAUUGGAACCUGAUAUGCAUUCAUAUACAACUCUGAUUGCUGCUUUCUGCAGGCAAAAGAAAAUGAAAGAAAGCGAGAAACUUUUUGAGGUAGCUGUAAGGCUUGGCUUGAUUCCAACCAAGGAGACUUAUACAUCUAUGAUAUGUGGGUAUUGUAGGGAUGGAAAUAUCGUUUUGGCUGUAAAGUUCUUCCACAGGAUGAGUGAUCAUGGUUGUUCCCCGGAUAGCUUUACUUAUGGUGCUCUAAUAAGUGGGCUCUGCAAGGAGGAGAAACUUGACGAGGCUCGCAAGUUAUAUGAUACCAUGAUGGACAAGGGGCUGUCGCCCUGUGAAGUAACUAGGUUGACAUUAACUCACAAGUAUUGCCAAAAAGAUGACUAUGCCACUGCUAUGGUCAUCUUAGAUAGGCUUGAAAAGAAGUACUGGAUCCGCACGGUUAAUACAUUGGUCAGGAAGCUUUGUUGUGAGAAGAAAGUGGGAAUAGCAGCAUUGUUCUUUCACAAAUUAGUUGAUAAGGAUCAGAAUGUGGAUCGUGUGACAUUGCAAGCGUUUACGACUGCAUGUUACGAGAGUAACAAGUAUGCUCUUCUUUCGGAUUUGACUGAGAGAAUCUCUAAAGGAAUUGGCUAG